CCACCGGUAACACCAUCACUCGCGCGUGUCCUCCGGCUAGGAUACUAAUUUCCCGAGGGACUACUUGUGCUCCGACGGCUCCGGUUUAACCUCCACCCCUCCUCCCCCCUCCCCGAGGCUCAUCCAUCCGCCAUGAUAACAGUGCAGGAGAAGCGAGGAGCACCAGCACGGGGCUUCACCGUCAGGGACCUGCUCCAGCUGCACGAUGCCCCCACCACCUGCCCUGAUGCUGUUGACGAUGACUCUGCCCCCGAGGUGCCCGCCAGCCCUGACGCAGGGCCGCAGAGCGCUGUGCAAGCCGCCGCAGACUCCACUGAGCAGGCCGCAGCCGUCCUCACCCCUCCCGACGAAGACAUGGAAGCUCUCGAAGUCGACGACUGCGCCGAAGAAGACAUGGAAGCCUCAGGUCGCAAGAGGAAGCGGCGGAUCCUCUUCAGCAAAGCGCAGACGUACGAGCUGGAGCGACGGUUCCGCCAGCAGCGCUACCUGUCGGCGCCGGAGCGGGAGCACCUGGCCUCCCUCCUGGACCUCACUCCCACCCAGAUCAAAAUCUGGUUCCAGAACCACCGCUAUAAGACGAAGAAGAUGAUCCGCGAGCGAGGGCUGGAAGGCCCGCUGCCGCCGCUUGGUUCCAGUUUGGGAUCGUUCUCGCAGUCUCUGCGGUGUCUGGCGCCCAUGGCGGCGCUCACCCGCACAGACAACACCAUCACCUCUCCAGCACACAGACUUCCAGACUACCUCCUUCCAGGCGACAGAAUCCCGGGCCUGGAAUGUCACGCCCCUCCGCUCCUGCCUCUAGGACUCCACCAUGCGCAGUUUCCUGGAUUAUUGCCUUUUCUACCCGUCUGUCCCUUCCCUCCGCCAUCCCUGCCCACAUCCUCUCUCCUAGCCCAGGCCACUAACCCCUUGCGGGCCUCCCUGACAUCCCUGGCGUCCCUGACCUCACCUACGACCUCCCUGACAUCCUCCACCUCACCAUUCGUGCCUCCGACGUCCGUCGCAGAGGCCACGACGCUCUCCUCCGCCUCCAGAAGCGCGGCGGAGGCGACGCAAGAACUGACCAGAGUGUUGUCGCUGGCACGACCGACCUCCCUGAGGGCGGAGGGCGUCUGCUGGUGAGCCGUGACCUCCAGCCCCUGGUCACGCUACAUUACUGCUGACGCAACACAGCAGGUCACGCUGCAACACUGAGCGCUGCAACACUGCACGCUACGUCACGAGUCAUAACACGAUUCAUGAUAUAAUGCAGAUAAUGAUUCCAAGUCUUGUGAUACUGGAAGCUGUCACCGCCAGUAUAGACACUUUAUCUAUUUUGAUGGAGGUCCUGGAAACAGUCACUGCUGAUGGAGAUACUGGAAGUUCUCACUGUUUAUGGAGAUUCUGGAAGCUGCCGGCGGAGCGAACAUUGAUUCCCCGCACAGGUCAGAGCACAGAUGUACUCAAGUAUCCUCCAACGUCACCAACCACACAGAUCUCCAACACUCAACUUCAGUAUCAUAUUCGGUAAAUCUGAGUCCUCGGAGACGUCUUUGAGUUCCAGGAAAUGUCACUGAGUUCCAGGAGACUCUGAGUUCCAGGAGACGUCUCUGAGUGCCAGGAAACUCGGAUCAUCAAUAAGAUUAACUCGAGGAUUUAAUCCCAGCCUCCAUACAGCAUCAUCUGCACCUCCGAGCACCAUCUUCAAAGAACACCUCCAUUUUGCACAAUUCUAAAAUAAUUUCUAAGUCGCCGCUCCAAGAGGCGCCAUCGGCUACAAGUCGCUAAGUCCCACAGACCCUAAGGGGGUGCCACAGGCUCUAAGGGGUGUCACAGGCUCUAAGGGGCACAAAUGGCUGUAUGGGACACCAGGGGAUUUAAUAAGGACCACCAUUAGCAGCCAAUGCUCGUCCAGUGAGAAUGAUCCGAUCAUUCUUAUCUCUUGAGGAUGGUCAGUCCCUGUAUCAAGCUUAGAGUCCCUGUGUCAAGUAUGGAGUCCCUGUGUCAAGUAUGGAGUCCCUGUGUCAAGUAUGGAGUCCCUGUGUCAAGUAUGGAGUCUUUUGAUUAUAAUGAGCGUCACAUAUGGAGUGUUCAUAUUUUGGGUGGCUACUGACUGUGUGUCGAGCAUGUGUCAAGUAUGUGUCACGCACGUGUCCUCUGGUGACCAGUGUCAAUCAUCUCCCAUGACAAUGUUGGUAACCAGCAGAGAGCUGUUGUAUGUGUGUGUAUACAUGUGUGUAUACAUGUGUGUGUGCAUGUGUGUGUGUGUAUGUACAGUAGAUGUAAGAUCUGUAGAUUACCUUA